AUGGCAUGCAGAGGGUCGCGAACGACCUUUUUUCCUAAAGUGGACGGGGCUAUCUUGAGACCGAAAUAUCCGCCUCCGUCUUCUUAUCCUGAGAUCGUUGGUCCAACAUACGAUCUGCAAAAUGUCGAUCAUCCCAUCAAAGCAUGGUCUACAGAUCUCCACAAUGAGCUAUUCCCCGAGUCGGCAGCUUAUGAAUCUUCCAUAAUCCCGGAGAAGCCACUUUGCCUCAGCGACCGAUACUUACGCGCAUCACUCGCAGAAAAUGAAAGACUCCGACUUUCUGUUCUUUGGUACUAUACGCGCGACAUUCUGAUGGAACAUGAGUUUCUCUCUGGCCUUCAAGAGAAGGCGAAUCUUGCACAAGAAUCCACGGGAUGGGAUUACGCGGUCAUUGGUAUUCUUGAUAUCAACGUCUAUAUACGAUUGGCCACCGUAGGACUCGAACUCGGCAUCCUUCCACGCGGCGAAACGCUAUGCGCCCACACAGUCACCCAACCCCUUAAUAAAGUAUUUCUUCUACCAAGUCUUAUGGAGGACUGGAGAUUCCGGAAUUGUCCCUACCGUGAGAGUGGGGGACUGGAGGCCUACGCCGGUGUACCUCUCCGCAUACAAACAGAGUCCGGUGAAUGUGUCUGUCUUGGAUCACUCUGUGUGGCGUCAAAUAAGAGCGAGAAACCUUUGACAAAGGUGCAGCACCAGGCGCUUGUACACCUGGCAGACUGGGUAGUCUCUGACCUUGUUCAAUGUGUGAGAGCGAAACGCCAACGAGAACGACAUCGAAUGAGCGAACUAGUUUCCGAUGCCCGGAGGAAAGGACAUGACCAGGGCUCUACUGAACCAGUCAUGGACAUAUUGAAAUCUGUAUACACGAACGCCAUCGUUCGCCUCCAUCCUUCAAGAACAGCUCAUGUUGAGUUUGAUGGGGGCCAUUCAGUCUCAGUACAUGACCUUCAAGAAGGCCUGUGGGAGGACGUCGAAUAUCUUGACAGUCUUAUUGAUAAAUUCAAUCACCUGGAGCUUCCAUGCAGUCGACCAGUCCGAAUUCUUGCAUCUCCAUGUGAAAGUAUAUCGGGACCCUCUUUACUUGUUGUGGCAUCCAAAGACUUCCAUAUUGUGUUUGACGAUGUCGAUUUAUCGUUUAUUCAAGGAUGUGCCGAACUUAUUUCACAAAUACGGCGCAAUCGAUUAUUGGAAGAGGCAAUGAAAGCAAAGGAGAAAUUACUGCGAGCAUUUUCGCAUCAACUCCGAACCCCAAUCCACGGUAUUCUUGGCUCUGUGGAACUUCUGACCGAGGAACUCGUGGUGCAAAAUUCAAGAAAGAGUCUUUCCCCAAGUCCUGCAUCUGAGCAAAAAUUAUCAGCGGUCGAUUGUCUGGGGCCUUUUACUUAUCUCAACAUGAUCAAGAUGGCGGGUCGAGACUUGACUUCGGUCAUCAACAAUUUGAUCUCUCUUAACAAGUGGUCUGAUAUCGCCAUGGUAGAACGGCAGUAUUCUAUGUAUACGUUCAACGAUCUCGAGACUGAGCUGGAAAAUGCGGUGAACAAACUGACUUCAGGAGAUUCUCGGUGUACGGCCUCGGUCUUCUUCACCCAUAACCUUUCACAAAGCCAUGUUACCUUCAACACCGAUCUUAUGGUUCUCCGAGAUACCUUACUUCCACUGGUUAUCAACGCAGUUCAGAACACCCCCGCAGGUGUUGUAUCAGUUAUGGCAUCCGCAGAUACGGAAAAGAGACAGCUAAUCAUUGAUAUUGAAGACACCGGCCAUGGAAUUCACCAUGACCACCAAAAACGCAUCUUCGAAGUGUACGAGAAAGUUGAUCUGCAUUCGACAGGCGCUGGACUGGGUCUUACACUGGCGUCCAAAUUCGCAUUGCUUAUCAAUGGCUCAAUCGACCUCAUCUCAUCAGAAGUCGGCCGCGGCUCCCUUUUCAGAGCGACAUUUCAGGAGCUUGAGUGGGGGUCUCUAGCUUGCCCUACAAACUUUGACAACCUGCCCCGGAAGUUUUACAAAAUGAAAUUUGGAUCUGAUGAUACUAUACCAAUUGAUCAUUUCGCAUCAUUUCUUAUCCGGAAUGGAUUCACUCGGUCAGAGAGCAUUCAAGGCUCUUUAGUCAUCUUCGAAGCUGCCUCAGACAAUGACGAUCACCGAGCGCGUAUUGCACAAAUUCCUGCUGGGCAAGUCGCUAUUUGCCUUGUUCCAAAAGAGCAGGAUCGAAAUACUCUUGGCCGGACAGAGAGUAAUGUUAUAUACUUAGGUGGUCAUUUCAUGACGUCGAAGCUCCUUUCAGCUCUCGCGCAAGCAGAGGCGCAGACACGUAUCGCAAACAGAGUUCGCCAACCACGUUCACCAAAAGUGCUUGCGAGUGAUAAAGCUAUAUCCAGAACCCCUAACCUGGAGCUUGAAUGCGCAGACAAGAACAACGAUCCCUAUACGUCUACUUCUGGGGAACCCAAUGAUCAAUGUCACCAAAUCACUGUUUCACAAGGAUGGCAGAAACAGGUUUCACCUCCUCUAGAAUUGAUAAAGGAAACUCCGUUCCUUCGGAGUUCCUCUCGGCCACUUGUUUUAAUCGUUGAUGAUAAUGCCGUCAAUGUUCGGGUUAUGGAGACAUACUGUCAAAAGCGGGGAUUGCCAUUUGUUUCAGCAGUCGACGGGCUACAGGCGGUUCAAACUUUUUCUCGUCAGCAGAGUGAUCACACUACGAGCGAGGAUUCUGCUGUUCAGCUGAUAUUUAUGGAUCUUCAAAUGCCUGUUUGUGGGGGGAUCGAAGCGACUCGCCAGAUAAGGUCGCUCGAACUGCGAAACAAUUGGAAAAAGAGCUGCCUUUUUGUUAUGACUGGUCAAGAUAGCUCAGCAGACAGAAGGGCCGCGGAGGAAGUUGGGGCUGAUGAAUAUUUUGUAAAACCAGUCUUGCUCAAAGAACUUGACCUUGUGGUAAGUCGGCAUUUUCCAAGUUUUAGCAUUAGCUAG